AUGAAGGAUUUAGGGGAUCUUCAUUGCUUCUUAGGUGUUCAGGUAUUGCGUACUGAUGCCUCUGGUUUAUUUUUAUCUCAAAAUAAGUAUGUUUCUGAUUUACUCCGUAAAUUCCCUCUUCAUAUUGUUAAACCAGUUACCACUCCUGUUGUCUCUAGAGUUACAUUGUCUAUGUUUGAUGGAGAACUCCUUAUUGAUCCCACAUAUUAUCGUAGUAUGGGUGCAUUGCAAUACUUAACUAUGAAUCGUCCAGAUAUUGCUUAUGCUGGCACUCUGAAUUUUGGCAUUUUCUUAUAUAGCAGCAGUUCUCCUACUGUUGUUAUUUCCUAUUCUGAUGUCGAUUGGGCGGGUUGUCCUAACACUUGUCGUUCUACUACUGGCUAUGUUGUUUUUCUUGGGAAGAAUCUUAUUUCCUGGCGUUCAAAGAAGCAACCUAUUGUGUCUAAAUCCUCUACUAAAGCUAAAUACAGGGUGGUUGCCUACAUAGCUGCUGAGACUAUUUGGCUCAAGAAACUUCUUGCUGACAUUGGAAAUUUCCUUCGUCAUCCUGUCAUUGUGUAA